CUCGGCUCGCCUGCGGGAAGGAAAGCGAAACAAAGCGCGGCUCCGCUCGGCGCCCGGGCUUCCAGCGCGAGGCGGCGGGCAACGCGAUUGCUCUGCGUCGGUCGGGGAUCCGCGACGGGUGCGCGCGGGCGCGUGUCGUGCCGGAGCCUCCGCUGCGCCCCGAGCGCCUCCUCCUUCGGAGUCCUUCCCCAGCAGCAGCGUCCCUUUGCCUUGCUUUUAGUGCCCGGCGAUCUCGCUCCCCACCCUCCCCACGGGACUCGGCGGCCCGAGAGAGCCGACAGGUGGGAGCGCGGCGCUCGGAGCGGAACCCGGAGUGGACCCGAGAGAGACCACCCCCCCUGCAGGUUGCCGUGACGACGCCUCCCGGCUCACCGUGAUGACAUCACCGCACAUGUGCUGCCAGAACACAGCAGUCUGCGCAGACGGCUGACGUGCGCAGGAGCUCAGCGAGGAGAUGGCCACGCAGGUGGAGGUGAAGUCAGGGGAGGCGGGGAGGGCGACGGGUCUCGGCGGGCGGCUGCGGCUCAGCCCCUUGGCCGAUUUUGGCAACAAGAGCUCCGUAGAGCCCCUCUCUGAAAGCCAGAGGCCGCUCAUCCUUGCUCCGGACCCGACCAAGCCCGUCCCGGGGCCCAAGCCCCGCCUCACCCCCAAACCGUUUGCGGUGGAGAAGAACACGGGUGUGAAACCCAUCCUCGCCCCGAAGCCUCACGCCAAGCCAAGGUCGGAGCCCACCGGACCUGGCCCCCACAAACCCGAGCCUCCCAGCACUCCCAAACCCAGUUUUAGCCCCGCCUCUACGGCCAACCGCCCCACCACUACCACUUUCAAACCCGCCCUGCAACCGAACCUCAGACACGCUCCCAAGCCGGCACCAACACCUCCCUCAGGGGAACUCGGCAAAACGACCCCGCCGGACGCGGUCAGUGCGCUGGGGGUGGGCGCGCAGCCUCCCCAGACCAAGAGCUCCCAGGUGCCACGGUCUGCCGAGUGGGCGGGUUCCACGGACCCCGAGGGGACGGGCAGGAGGCCGGAGGGCCGACAGAGGCCCAUCGUCAGGGCCAAAUCGAUGGGCUUCCUCAGCCAGCUGGGACAGGACGGUGUCGCCGGGGAGCUGGAGAGCAGAGGGGACCCGGCGGCAGAAAGAGUGGCCCCGCUGCGCGCACAAUCGAGGGGCGCCAAGCCUCGCCCCGUUUCCGCCGUCUUUCUACCUGCAGAGACCCAGCCGGCGCCCCCUGUCUCCGCCCCUCGCUGGGUUGGCCGGCGCCCUCUUUCUGCUGCCCUCACGGCCCGGUUCGAGUCCAUCGGCCUGUCGCAGCAGCGCAAAGCCGACGCUCCAGAGAAGGUGCUCCAGGAGGACAGCGGACUUGACGGGAAGAUGGGGAAAGGGGCGGAGCCUCUGCAAUCAUCGGGGACGGAAGAGAGGCUUUCGCUUUCGGGACCCGAGAGGAGGACUGAGGAGAAAGACAAAGAGGGCACGCGGAGCGGCGACGGCAUGAAGAGACUUUGUCCUUCGUCUCCUGCCGCCCGACCUCCGUCGCCUGUGGAGGCAGAGCCUCGUUCUCCAGGACAGCCAACGUCGGAGACGGACGUCCCGGUGGGCGUGAAGCAGCGAAUCAAAAAGCUGACAGAAGACAUUCCGUCCAGUCAGGCUCCGCCUCCACGACCACCGUUCAAGCCCCGCCCCCUGCACCCUGACCUCACUAAGCGGUUCGCUGCCGAGAAGCCCGAGGAUGUAAGCGGCUCUCCGCCGCGGCCCUGGGGCCGAGAGGGUCGCAGAAGCAGCGGUGCGAGGGAAGGCUCCGCUCAAGAGAAGGUGGAGGAAUUUGCCGUUCACCAGCCAAUGGAGAGAGAAGGAAUGGGAGUCGUGCUCCAGAGUCCUUCAGACCACCCCGGUCAAAUAUUUCUGGAGCAGUCGCCAGAGGGGGCCAACAGUGGUUUGGAGGGUGGACGACACGUUGAAAGCAGAACACCGGAGCCCUGUCCAGGCAGAACAGUGCAGACGGUGCGAGCCGCCCUGUUUGAGAACGUGGUCGAGAGGCACAGCGUGCAGUUGGUGGAGCCCGCGGCCAGGCCGUGGAGGAGCCUGUCCUUUCAUCAGAAAGGGACGGACCCUCCCCUGGCUCCAUGCCCAGUCCGGGUGGAGCACGUGUUUGACACCGUGCCUGCAGUAGGUGAGAGGAGGGUGACGAGCGAGCGUAUCCCUGCUGCCCAGCUGGAGGAAAAAGCCAUGACCCUGCGCUCCCGGCACUCUGGAGAUGGGGUGCUGCCCAGGACUAAUCCAACAGAGGAGGUGUCUGGACCCGUCCAGGGACCAGUGGUGUCCCAAGUAGAGGCCCGUGUUCUGAGGGUUGGGGCUCUCCAAAGGUGGGCCACUGUCGAGACGAGUAGAGAAGCACACCGAGAUGUGGACCAUGAGCUGGUGGUGGAGAGGAAAAAGCAGAUGGAAAUGGAGAGGGAAAAGCAGAGGCAGAUUGAGUUGGAGAGGGAGACAUUGAGACAAAUUGAACUCAAGAAGCAGAAGCAGGUAGAAAUGGAGAAGGAGAGGCAGAAGCAGAUUGAGAAGGAAAGGAAGAGACAGAUUGAAAUGGAGGAGGAGAGGCUGAGACAGAUUGAACUAGAGAGAUGGAGGCAAGUUGAGUUAGAGAAGGAGAAGAAAAGGCAGAUUGAACUUGAGAGGGAGCGGCUGAGACAAAUUGAACUUGAGAAGCAAAAGCUAGUUGAAAUGGAGAAGGAAAGGCAGCGAGAGAUGGAGAGGCAGCGGAUUGCAGUUGAACUUGAAAAGGAGAGGAAGAAGCAGAUGGAAAUGGAGAAGGAAAGGAAGAGACAGAUUGAAUUGGAGAGGGAAAGGCUGAGAUUUAUUGAAAUAGAGAAGCAAAGGCAGGUUGAGCUGGAGAAGGAGAGGCUGGAGAAGGAGAGGCAGAGGCAGGUUGAGCAGGUUGAGCUGGAGAAGGAGAGGCAGAGGCAGGCUGAGCUGGAGAAGGAGAGGCAGAGAAAAGCAGAAUGGUUAAAGCAAAUGGAACCAGACAGGGAGGAGGCUGGAGCACCAAAACGUUUAAAAAUGCUCGAGGGAGAGGAUCAGCUGUCCAGGCCCCGUGCAACCUUCUUUGCUCUUACCGGCCAAAUACAGGACUUCCCACCUCAAGGUAACGCGGUGCAAGGCAGGCCAGCUGGUGUAGAGUUGCCCGUUGAUGACUUCUUUGUCACCUCUGGAAGGUUGGACUCCCAUCCUCAGGUUGUCCCACUUCAGAGAAAUCCAUCCCUAAAUGUAGCCCCUCACAAGAACAUUGGCCCCCGCUGGAUGGGAGGAGUAGGGGGUGAAACGGUGUCGGACGUGUCGUGGGGGAGGGAUAGGGAAAAGGAGCAAGAAAGCCAAAGAGAGAAGGUGUUGGAGCUGCAGAGGCAUAUCAUGGAAGAGACAGAGAAGCAGAGACAGAGGGAGGCAGAACUUGAGAUGGAGAUGGAGAGGCACAUGGAGAGGCAAGAGGAGGCUCAGAAACGGAAGGGGAGACAACAGAUUCAGGAGCUGGACAGACGUUGCCAAGUGCAGAUAGAGAGCGAGCAGGAGAGAGCUCCUAUCUCACCAAGGCGACUGGAUUGGGAGCAGCCGUGGGUUGCAGGGAACCAAGAGGAACGGAGCGAGGCGCUCAGGCCACGGGUGCUCGACUUGGAUUCCAUGUUGCUGAUGGACAGGCAAUGGACAGGAACCCCGGCAGGGGACUGGUGGAAGCAGCCCACCCAAAAGCCCAACAAGCCCUACCACAUGGCCAUCCUGGACAUCGACUCCUUCCGUUCCCAGGUGCAUCUCGCGGCUCCUACGGCCGCAUUUGCCUCGGAGGACAAUCGAGGAAUGGACCUGGGGGAUGGGAACGGUACACAAGUGUGCAUGCUCAAGCCAGAAGAUGGACAAGGAAGCGUUCCAGCAAGAACUACAGGAAGAUCAGCCUCUACGCGUUCUCCUCAGCAGGACUUUUGGGAACCGAUGGAAGGGAAGGCAGCAGGAACACCCUUGGGACACAGCAAGCUGGCUGGCUACUGGGUGACCCCCGAGUCCCCACCGAAAGCUCCUCCCAAGCCCUUGCUGCACCCGGAGAAGAGGUGGUCCAGCCCUAGCCUCUCUCCAGACAAGCACUGGGCUGGUCUCCCAGCAGAAGCUGGCACCAGGAACCCCUCUGCCAAGGCAGAGCUUCCAAAAACACGGACCAUCGAAGGUCUGAGACCGGGUCACGGUACCGCUUCCGUGCCGGAGCGUCUCUGGCGGGCGCAGGAGCAGGGACCAGAGCGGCGAGAUCAAUGGAGAAAACUAAACACGCACACACAGGAGCUGUCUCGGAUGAGGUCCCGCAGCGUGUCGCGCAGGGCGGCGCCCUCGGAGAACACCACGGAGGGGUCCCUGUCCCGCAUGAGGAGCCGUAGCGCACACCGGGAGCGCGACCAGCAGAGCUGGGAGCAGCUGAAGAAGUGUGUGACGGGCGAGCGGGAGGGCCGGGACACCGACACGCUCGUCCACGAGACGGACAGCCAGUACGGCACCUGGGAGACCGGCCUGCGUACGGAGGACAGCCUGACCCCCGCCACCCCAACUUCGGACAGCAACCUCAGCUCGUCGCCGCGGAAGCCCACGCCCCCCCACACGCCCAGUGACCCGGACACGCCCGAUGCGCCGACCCCCUCGUCCCACCCGGAAGGGGAGCCGCUUCCCUUUCCCGAGACCGCCACCACUCUGCUGGACUCCAGUGCUCUGCGCUCCAGGGUGCAGCUCAGUAAGAGGCGGAGUCGGCGCACCCUCCCGUCCCGUGCGGCCCGUCACAGCGCCACCCUCUCCAUGCUGGACGAGGGCUCCGGCGACCCCGUCCAGGACUGGAUGUACUGUGACUCCACGGAGCAGAAGGCAGAGCCGACAAAUGAGGAGGAUUCCGAUGUGGAGGACCAGCCCGGUGCUGUGGAGCCCCGCCCCGUUUCCUCCCAGCAGCAGAGAGUGGCCCUCUUCCCAGGGAUGGACCCCUCUGCUCUCAAGGCUCAGCUCAGAAAGCGAGGGGACUCUGACAGUCAGACGGAUGGCUUGGCUCCCUCCCCGUCGCAGCAGUCCCGCUCACCCAAGUCCCCUUUCCUGCCCCGGGCCUCCAGAGUGCUGCCCCCUGCUGGCGGGAAGGAGAACGGGGAGGAGGCUUCGCCCCAGUGGCUGAAGGAACUCAAGUCAAAGAAGCGUUUGAGUCAAUAUGACAGUUCCAGCACCUGAGCAGCACACAUGGUUGCCUUAAGCUGGAGAAUGCGUAGAGGAAGGACGGACGCCUUAACCGCCGACGGGGAUACGAACCGAACUGGGCUGCCGCCGCUGCCAUGACGACUCCACCCCCCGCACCACCCCAAAUCCCCACCCCCACCCGCCACCCACCUGCCUGGGUGGGUCGCAUACAUGUGCAUGGUGCCUUUUUUCAGAAGAUCUAUUUUUUUGGACAGAAACGUGCAAGGACACUGCUUUUAUUUUUCCAUGCGUAGCUCCUCGAUCUGUUCCCGGCGGAAGGAGGGCGGCGCAGAGACGCCGAGAACCGGGACGGACGACUCUUAGCCUGUUGUUAUUGUUGUUGUUGCCAUUGCUGCCGUUCGGGAAGGAUGGCCUGCAGGACCAAUCGCCUCUCCACCUGGAAGUGCUCCAUCAAACUGGGAAAUAAAAAUUACAGUGGGGGGGAGAAAAAGUCCACAAGCGAAAACCUUUAUUAUUUUCUAUUUUAAGUGAAAUGUUUGAUCUAGCGCAUCGUCGCGUGUGAGUUGGCACAUUUAGCAAACGCUCACACAACAUUGCCAUAGUUUGUCUUUUUUAAAUUUUGUUUUUCCAGUGAUAU